AUGCCGCUAAUAGAAGAGCUACCUGUCACUGCUCCUGUCAAAGCCAGUGCAGGCUGGGCCUACGUCCCUGACACUGCUCCUCUUCCUUCUCAAGCACCUAGUAACCGUAACGAUCGCAAGCGUGCUGCCGCAUCCACGAUCCGGCAUGGCGUCAACACUACAGCCAAGCGCGAAAAGGCCAUAGAACGUCGGCUGGAGAGCCUGAAUAAAGAGAACUACAAAGAUGGAGUACAUGUGCCUAUACCACCGAGUAACCGCGAAAGAGAUAAAGGAAGGAAGGUGACUAGUAACGUGAGAAGGAUACUGGGCUACCAGAGGAACUUUGCGCACUAUCUAGCGGACGAAGAGGGUCGCAAUCCGGGAGCAACGCAUUAUGCGCUUCCAGCUGUAGCCACGGGGACCAUGGCUCCACCUGAGAAAAUGGCCACAAUGCAGAAGAGUACGAGCAAGGAUUUGGGAAGAAGGAAGAGUGGAAGAGGAAGGGAUGUGACUACGGACGAAGGAUCGGCCCCGCACGCCCCACAACCACAAUCGAGAGGACCAAAGCGGAGGCAGAGUGUCAAGAGUCGAAUCAGCAUCAGUGAGGUCAACAGCAGUCCUGCUAGUGCUGGUACGCCUGUCGCUCAGAAGACAACCACACCACAGGUCAAAACAGAAGAGUCACAAUCUGAACACCCACAAUCGCAAGACAUUUUCAUGAUGGACGCAGCUUCGGUACCCGAGCCUACUACUGUGCCUAAAGCCCAGCCAGAUUACCCACCGGCCUGGGACGAUGAUCUCCUGCUCCGCUCUUCGACAUACGACGUUCCGCCAAUGCCUACAGACCGCGUCAUGCAAUUGCUCGUAUCCGAACCACCACUAACUUACAAUGCUGCCCGUGCAACACAGCUGGAUGAAGACAAGCGACCACCGCCUAGACACUUCUGCGGCAUCUGUGGUUAUUGGGGACGUGUGAAGUGCAAGAAAUGUGGAGAGUUCACGUGCGGGACUAUGGAGUGUUGGAAGGCACAUGAAGAAUGUCCAAAGGGUCGCAGUCAAAUGCAGGUUAGUUUAUGA